UCUCGCGCCGCCCCGACAGACCGCGGUCUGUCGCCCUCGCUCGUCGCCCACACCCAACACCAUGUCACGCAUCCGCGAGCAGCUCGCCGCCAAGCGCGCCGAAGUGCGCAAUUCGCCUGCGAGGCCGGUCCGCGGCGCGCCGCCGCGCGCCGAGGCGCUCGAGGAGGCUACCGUCGAGAGCCAGGUGUCGAGAGCAAGGCGGACAGGCAAGCUAGACAUCUCCAACCUCGACCUCGACGCGAUCCCGCCCCUCGUCUACACCGACCUGCUCGGCCUGCGCGCCGCCGACCUGUCGCGCCCGCCAAAGGCCGAAGUGGUGCCCAAGGCGCCGCUCACCCCGCUUUCGAAGAGCUUUGCGCACCUCGACCUCGACAACGACAAUGUCCACGACGUGUUUGGCACGCCCGAGCCCAAGCGGCCAUGGAGCGAGCCCGAGGAGCUGGUCGCGUUCCGCGCCGUCGACAACCUGCUUGCCGAGGUCGAGGUCGAGCUCGGUUUCUUUGGCGGGCUGAAGACGCUCGACCUCCGCGGAAACAGGCUCACGGCGCUGCCGGACGCGCUGGCCGACCUGCUCCGCUUGACGUACAUUGACGUGUCACACAACGCCCUCACGGCCCUGCCCCCCGCGCUGCUGCUGCUCCCCGAGCUCGAAUCCCUCAACGCGUCGCACAACGCUAUCAACACGAUCGACCUCACGCACCCCGUCAAGCCGUCCGAGGAGGGGCUGUCGUACGGCACCGGCUUCCUCGUCACACGGUUCGAGCGGCAGCAGAAGAUGCCCAAGGCGCCGCUGCCGGCACUGCGUAACCUCAACCUCGCGCACAACGCCCUCAGCAACAAGGACAUUGCUGGCCUCGCCGGCGCGGGCCCGCUCAAGCUCCGGACCCUCAACCUCGGGUUCAACAAGCUCAAGGGCACGCUCGACGGCAACAAGGGCCUCAGCGCCGCGCGCCUCCCCGAGCUCUACUCGCUCGUGCUGGGCGGCAACGUCGCCCUCGACGGCAUUGACGGCGACGUCGCGCCCACCGCCGAUAUCGACCACGAGGGAUGUACCUGGGGAGCAGGCAGCACGGGGGGUACACCCCGCGGCUCGCCCGUCAAGCAGGCGCGCGCGCCGACCGCGUCGCCCGCCAAGGCAGGCGCAUAUGUCUCCGACUCGGCAGGCGGCCCGACCGACAGCCCAGACCCGACAGUCACGCUCACGUUCGUGACGCACCCCGCGCCGACGUUUGACGCCGACCCGCUGGCAGUCGAGAUGGACGUGUACCUUCCCCCCUCGGCGGCCUCGUCGCCCGACAAGCCGCACCCGGUUGUUGUGUGGUGGCACGGCGGCGGCCUCCUCCAGGGCAACAAGGAGAACCUGCCCCCUCAUCUGCGCCGGCUGCCGGCGCGUGCCCUCGGCCCGAACGGCGAGCACGCGAUUGUCGUGUCGCCAAACUACCGCCUCGCGCCGCAGGCUCCCAUCCUUGACAUCCUCGCUGACGCCGACUCGGCGCUCGCCUUCAUCCGCCACAAGCUGAGCGCCGCUCUCGCUGCAAAGGGGUACGCGGCGCGCGCUGACCCCGAGCGUGUGGUCACGUCGGGCGGCAGCGCAGGCGGCUACCUCGCGCUGAUCACUGCCCUGCCGGUGCCCAAGACGGCGGGCGACGCCGACGUCGGAGGGUACCGCGGUGCGACGGCCAACCGCGCCGUCAACCCCAGUGGCGAGUGGCAGCCGCGCGGCACGGCGCCAUUCUACCCCAUCACCGACCUGACCGACAAGUUCUGGGCGACAAAGACGGACCCCGUGCCGUGGUGGGGCAAGUCGGUGCCCGAUGCCUCGGCCCAGCCGCACCUCAAGCUCCGCGACCCGCCCAUCACGACGGCAGUGUCGGGCGGCCCGAGGUCGAUUCUGUACAUGUACAUGCUGCAGCACGCCCUGUUCCCCCAGCUGCUGUUCAUGAACCAGCGCUCGCUCGGGUCCGGGCUCGACGGCUUCCGCCCCAGCGCCGACACGCUGAGCAUCACGCACCGCCUCGACCUCAUCGCCAAGGCCGAGGUGGCACACCCGCCCAUCUACCUCGUCUACGGCACCCUCGACGACAAGGUGCAGCCGUUCGAGGACACGGUCGCCGCGCUCGAGCGCACAAAGGGUCCGUACGAGGUCGAGGUGCUCGAGGGCGCCGACCACGCAUACGACGAGGACCCAGAGGAGCAGGCCGUCGGCUUUGUCGCGUGGCUCGAGGCAACGCUGUUUUAG